AUGGCUGAAGUCGUUGAACGUAAUAUUGAAGAUAGCUUGUCUGAAUAUUCAUACAUUCGUCGUGCAAAGCUUUUCAACGAAGAAGAAAUUCGGGAAAUUGUUCGUCGCAGAAGGCAGCACGAGUACAGUUUGCAGAAACGUAACAAACGGAUAUCUGAUUAUGAAUCCUACAUAGCAACCGAACUCGGCAUCUUGAGACUUAUAUCCCUGCGCCGUUUGAAAACUAUGGACUUCAGAUUUAAAGACAAGUUAGAAAAAUCAGUAAUAUCUCGUCUCGUUCGACUCCACAAGCAAAUCUGCUAUCGGUUUCAAUCACGCGUAGAUGUGUGGAUGCGUUUUCUGUUGUUUAAUCGAAAACUGGGUCGUCACUUGACCGUUGCUCGUCUGUGGGAGCGUGUUUUACAGGUGCAUGGGAGAACAGAUCCCCGGCUGUGGUCGGCUGCGGCGGCUUUCCAUCUAACUGACGGCGCCCGCGCAAAGGCCCUUUCAGCCCUGAAUAAACUCAGAACCGAAAAACAAGCCCUCAAAAAGUCACGAAAAAAACUCGCCCAACUCAUGAAGAAUCCCACGUGUUCACAAGAAAAAGCUGUUCUGCGGCUGGAGACACUACAGUUGACGAAACUGCGGGACGCCAUAAGCCGUCAAGUUCGCUUGACUUGGGAUCGCACUCUGAUAAGUGGUUUACGCGAAGCCCGUCGGAUCCUAGUGCAGGGCUUGAGGUUGAACGAGGACAGCGUCUUCCUGGUUGUGGAGCUGCUCAAAUUGGAGGCCUCAGCGACAGAUUUCUUUCAAAAGCGAGUUCUCUCUCGGCAAAAACAGGCAGCGAGUGUUGAUGCGGAUGAUAGAACCGACGCGGAAACUUUUAUGGCUGAGGUCUCCGAGGAUGUGGACGUUGUGGCCUCAGGUGGAACCUUCAACUUGGUUCUUGAGCGCUUUCUCACCCUGCCGAAGUGCACUUCAGUGGAUAUUGCAUCUGUGAUAAAAAUUGCCACGAAAUUCUCCUUCGCUAACAAAGCGCUAGUCGAUCAACUGUCAGACAGACAGAAGCAACUUGAGGCCGAGGAAAUAGCUGAGAAGGAGAACAUAGAGAAGGCGAUCAGUGAAACGAUGUGCGACAAAGCUGCCACCAUCGCCUCAACAAACGCGCUCCUUGAGGGCCGCCUGAAUGACCUUCAACAUCUCCUGGAGGCCGAGGGUGUUGACGCAGCCCUGUCAGCGUGGACGACCUGGUAUCCGACUGGUGUGCGCUGUGAACUCCUCCAGGUACUGGACCCUUCAAGCAAUCCUCGUUGGCUAGCACUCCUCACCUUCCGCCUCCAACUCGUCAACGUCUCCAAGAUGCAGAAACCGGAGUUCAACGGAGACGUCGAGGAAGCAGUUCGCGCCUACAACGAGUACCGCUUGAAACACGAGGAACGCGUGAAAGAGGCCAGAAAACUGAUGGACACUUUGGCAGUCUCGAAUUGGGGAUCUAAAGUUGGCGAUUUUUGGCGGCUCUACAUGGAAUUUGAGCGAAAACUCGGUGACUGUUCGCGCCUGCCUUCGUUGAAGUGGCGCGCCGAGAAGACCCUUCGGGACGCUCCUCGUGCCAAAUUCCUCGCCGACUGCACCGACGCCAAUGCGAAAGAGUUCUUGUAA